CAUUUGUUGAAGAGACUAUUUCCCGCAUUGCAUUGUUUCAUUUCUGGACUCUCAGUUCUAUUCCAUUGACCUGUUUGUCCAUCCUUAAGCCAGUACCAUGCUGUCUUGAUUACUGUAGCUUUGUAGCCUUUCAAAAUCAGGAAGGGUACUUCCUCCAACUCUUUUCUUUUUCAAGAUUGUUUCAGCUAUUCUGGAUCCCUCGAAUUUCCAGAUGAAUUUUAGGGUCAUUUUGUCAAUUUCUGCAAAGAGGUCAAGUGGGAUUUUGAUAGGGAUUGUACUGACUCUGUAGAUAAAUUUGGAGAAUAUUACCAUCUUAACAAUAUUAAGUCUUCCAAUCCGUGAAUAUAGGGUAGUUUUCCAUUUAUUUAGAUCUUUAGUUUCUUUCAAUGAUAUUUUAUACUAUUCAGAGUAUUAGUUUUGUACUUCUUUUGUUAAAUUUAUUCAUAUAUAUUUAUAUAUAUUUGAUGGUACUGUAAGUGGACUUGUUUCCUUAAUUUCCUUUUUGGAUUGUUUAUUGCUAGUGUAUAGAAAUACAGUUGAUUUUUUAAAAUAUUGGUCUUAUAUCCUGCAACCUUACUGAACUUGUUUAUUAAUUCUAAUAGUCUUUUGGUAGCUUCCUUAGGAUAUUAUAUGUACAAGAUCAUGUUAUCUGUGAAUAGAGAUGGUUUGUGAAAUGUAUCAUUUUCUUCUGGCUGAUUUUAAGAUUUGUUCCUUGUCUUUAGUUUUCAGUAGUUUGAUUAUGCUAUGUCUGGGCUUGGAUUUUUUGUUUUUGUUAAUUUAUCCUGUUUGCUUAAAUGACCCUGGCACACAGGAGAGGCUCUGAGUAUUUGUUGAAUGGAUAAAAGAAAAGUGAAGCAAGAGCCAAGGUCCAGAAGCUGGGUCUGGGCUCCCCAGUCCUCAUCUCUCCCAGGCUCCCGAGAUGUCCUUCGCUUGUCCCUGCCCUGUGUCCUGUCGGCCAAGGCCAGCGAUCCCUCCCUCCAGAGCUGCUCCUCGCACCCUCUGCACCCAGCCAGGCCAAGCUGCCAGGCUUCCAGCCUCCAUUGGGCCCCUGGGGCUCUGCCAGAGCACCCGAGACCAGUCCCACCGGGCUCCUGUGUUCCCUCUGCGUCAGGGCGGGACAUGUCCCUCCAUGGCCACCCACUCCCGCCAGUUUGCUGUUCCUUGGGGCUGUUGUUGUUGCUGGUUCCUCUGCCUGGAAUGCCCUUCCCUGGAACUACUAACAGCAGACUCCUUUUGCUCUGCUGGCCUCCACCUGGAGGCUACGCCUGACCCCAUGACUCCUGUCAAAAGUGGCUGCCCCUUCCCCUGUCUCUCUGACCAUUGUCUUAUUUUCUUCCUAGUACUCACUCCUAUCUGGAAUGGCUUAUCCGCUGGUAUCACCCUUCUCGCCACUAGAAUGAAAGCCCCAUCACUUUCCCACUCCCUGCUUGACCCCCAGGCCUCUCCUGGUGCCUGGCUCCCAUGGGGGCCAGGUUCAAGAGUGAGGUCAUGACCCGUGUGGUCAAGGGGGACAGAGGGGACCAUGAAGACAGUGUCGUGGCUUCAGUUGUGCUGCGCUGGGUGGCCGGGCUGCCUGGACACUGAAGCAUCCAGAGCGCCCAGAGCACUGCUAGGAGGGAGCGCCCCCUGCUGGCCUUGGGGAGGCCUGAACAGCUCAGGCUCGGUUCCAAGUUCCAGGGCUUGUGAUGAGACCCCGACUUGGCCUGUCAGGACCCCUGUGACGGCCUUGAGGGUGCAGAGCCUCCACCUGGGCCCAGAGCUAGGAGCAUUUCUCCCUGAGGCCGGUGGGCUGAGGGUGGGCUAUGGAGGGCUUCUCAUACACUCGCUUCCAAGGCUCCUGGGAGGGGCCAACCCCUCCUUAGGGUGGGAGGAGGGACUCCUCUACAAUCACUAGGUGGCAGAGGGGUGGAUGGGCCCCUAGUCCUGCUCCUGCAGUGGGAGAGGAGGGAGUUUCCAGGACUGGGUUGUUGGGGGCUGGCGGCCUGUGCCUGAGGGACUGGCAGGCUUUGCAUUUUGGUCUCCUGGUUCUUGUGAUUUCGUCACGAGUUCUUCACCGAUUCCUUCAGCUAUGGCUUCUGCCUGCAGUGGCCGUUGCCCCCCACCCUGCUUAACGCAGAAUCCCUGGGCGGGCUCCACACCACCCUCCCCCACGCCCUGAAUCACAGGUCCUCUGGUUUCCCACUGCUGUCCUCACGAGGCUGGUCCAUUUUCAAGGUGGAGCUCAAUCACUGAAGGGCAGGAUGCAGGGUGGGCCUUUCAGCUGAAAGGGCUGAGAUUGGCAGGGGAGGUGCCGGCAGGAGCUUGUCCAUAGGCUUCAGGAGGAAAGCGGGUGCCAGGGGCUGCUUUCUAACCCAAACAGCCAGCCUCUGCUCCCCCUUGUCCCAGACACCCAGCUCUGCCCUGCUCCUUUCCCACACUACUGCUUGUGCCCUUUUCUGGUGCACUCUGACCUUUUUCCCUGGUGGUUUCCGUGCCUCUGGAGACGUAUUCACCCUUUAGGACCUACUGCAUGGUGAGGUGGCGGGAUGGCAGUCAGGCAGCUACCUUUGCCAGGAUGCCCCGGCCCCUGGGGAUCCCCUGGCCAAGCACCCCAGGCUUUCCUCAACCUGGGCUGGUUUCCUUUUAAGAGGCCAGCUGGUCUCCACUGGUUAUGAGUGACCAGGAGAAAGGGUUGGGGCUUUGUGCUUCUGCUGGAGGAGCAGGGAGGGGCUGACUGGCCACAGAGCCCCUCAGGGAGGGGAGCCCAGGCCUCCCCCCCUCACAUCUCUGGGAGCCCCUGGCCAAGGCCGGCUAGCACAGGCUGGUCAGUAUGUGUCCCAGGCUGCGGUGGGACAGGGCUAUUUUCAGGCCAGCUCCUCAGCCGCCUUCCCCGGCACUGCCCUCCCUGGCCACCUGCUGCUGCCUGUCGGGCCUGGAAUGCAGGAUGGCAGUUAACUGGGGGUGGGGCCGGGGCAGACUGUUAUAAAGCUGGGGCUCCAGGGUGGCCGCUGCCCACUGCAGAGCCCCGAGCCACCACCACCAUGGCCACCCACCGCCUGGUGAUUGUGCGGCACGGCGAGAGCACCUGGAACCAGGAGAACCGCUUCUGUGGCUGGUUCGAUGCUGAGCUGAGCGAGAAGGGGACCCAGGAGGCCCAGAGGGGGGCACAGGCCAUCAAGGAUGCCAAGAUGGAGUUUGACAUCUGCUACACGUCGGUGCUGAAGCGGGCCAUCCGCACGCUCUGGACCAUCCUGGAUGGCACGGACCAGAUGUGGCUGCCCGUGGUGCGCAGCUGGCGCCUCAACGAGCGGCACUACGGGGGCCUCACGGGCCUCAACAAGGCAGAGACGGCCGCCAAGCAUGGCGAGGAGCAGGUGAAGAUCUGGAGGCGCUCCUUCGACGUGCCCCCGCCCCCCAUGGAUGAGAAGCACCCAUAUUACAACUCUAUCAGCACGGAACGCCGGUACACAGGCCUGAAGCCGGGAGAGCUGCCAGCCUGUGAGAGCCUCAAGGACACCAUUGCCCGGGCCCUGCCCUUCUGGAAUGAGGAGAUCGCCCCCCAGAUCAAGGCGGGCAAGAGGGUGCUCAUUGCCGCCCACGGCAACAGCCUGCGCGGCAUUGUCAAGCACCUGGAGAGCAUGUCCGACCAGGCCAUCAUGGAGCUGAACCUGCCCACGGGGAUCCCCAUCGUGUAUGAGCUGGAUGACAAGCUCAAGCCCACCAAGCCCAUGCGGUUCCUGGGCGAUGAAGAGACCGUGCGCAAGGCCAUGGAAGCCGUGGCCGCCCAGGGCAAGGCCAAGUGAGGGGAGGGCUCUGGGCAAUAAAGGUGCCCUUGCACACACUGCUGCUGCAAGUCUGGCGCUGUGGCCUGAUGCUUCUGGAACCCACCCUCCUGCACGCUCACUAGGCCUGCCAAGCCUCUGCUCCUCUGGGAGGCUGUUCCCAAGGCCACCUGGCUAGGCCAGCUAGGGACUACACCCCCCAAGUCUGUACUUCAAUCCACACUAAUAGGGACCUAUGUGUGCCCUGAAGCUGAAGAGCCACCUGUAACUGCCUGGGCCCCAAGGGGUCUGAGCCACCCAGCCCUCCCUGUUGGCUCAGGACAUGCUGCAGCUAUGGCUAUAGCU